GUGGUGCGCGGCGCCGUCCAAUCAGCGCGCCGGUGCUUUCGGUUCGCGGGAAAAUGGCAGAGGGUGCGAAAAGUGAGGGCGGCUCGCAGGCUUGCGGGCUCGCGUUGCUGUGAAGCGGCGAUCUACGCUGCGUUGCCUCUGCGGCCAUCGGGGGCAUUUUUAAACGAAGGGAUUGUUGUUGUUGUGGAGGCGAGAGCCCCGAAGCGAGGGAGAAGGGGAGGGGCCGCGAUCCAAGAGGCGACGCUCAGGGCCGUCGCCGUUUCGCUGCGCCCAUGGAGCUCGGGCCUAAGCGGGAUAUAUUUGUGCCGUGUUUGGUGAGCUUGGAUCGCUUGUCGGAGAUCUGUAGGCAGCAGAAGCUAAAGUGUGCUGAUCUUGACAUUACCCGGCACAAUCUUAACUACUAUGAAGUGGAAUACUUGUGCAACUACCAGAAAAAAGAGGAUAUGGAGUUUUACCUGGUGAAAUGGAAAGGAUACCCAGAGUCUGAAAAUAGCUGGUUAUCACGCAAAGAUCUCAAAUGCAAAGAUCUGUUGAAUGUCUUCCACAAAGACAUGGAAAGGGAGUCGAAGAGGCAAAGACAAGUUCAAAUCGUCAAUGGAAAGAAGCCCAGAAGACAUAUCCGUAAGCUUCACCCCACUGUGGCCGAGUACCUGAAAUUGAAAGGUCAGCAGAGGCUACUACUAGCCGCCUGGCAGAAGGACCUGAACCGGAAGAAGAACCACAGCGCUCUCAUCCUAGUGGAAAAUGAUGUCGACCUCGAGGGUCCUCCAGCGUCCUUUAUAUACAUCAACGAGUACCGACCAAUGGAUGGUGUUGUCAUGGCUAAAGAGCCUGUGGUUGGUUGCAGCUGCAAGGACUGCUUUUCAGAACGGGGAAAUGGAUGCUGCCCUACAAUCAAUUUUACCAGCUUUGCCUACAACAACUCUGGUCGUGUGAAGGUGAAGCCCGGAACACCAAUCUACGAGUGCAACUCCCUGUGCCAGUGUGGGCCCGAGUGCAAGAACAGAGUCGUGCAGAAAGGCAUCCCGUUCCCACUCUGCAUCUUCCGCACCGAUAACGGCCGUGGCUGGGGAGUAAAAACUAUGCAGAAGAUCAAGAAGAACAGCUUUGUGAUGGAGUAUGUGGGAGAGCUCAUCCCCUCGGAGGAGGCUGAACGUCGUGGUGUGAUCUAUGACAGGGCAGGAACAACCUACCUCUUCGAUCUUGACUUCUGCAAGGAUGACUACACUGUCGAUGCAACCUUCUACGGCAACAUCUCCCACUUUGUCAACCACAGUUGUGAACCAAACCUACAGGUGUACAGCACUUUCAUCAAUAACCAUGACUUCAGUCAACCACGCAUUGCCUUCUUUGCCAUGGAUGACUUAGCAGCUGGGGAAGAGCUGACAUUUGAUUACAACAUCAAAGAAAUUACAGAAGAUAUGGCUGAUGCUCCCAAUAGCCCGAUUCAGGCUAGCCCACUUUCCAGUCACAAAUGCCCGGAUUCCAGUAGCCGGGCUUUGCAUGGUCAAGUCACCAAUGGCCCUGUUGCCAUUGCUUCCUAUUCAAUUGCACCAGAUUCCAGUGGAUCUGUCCCUAAUGGGAGUAUUACAAAUGGCCAGGUUCUAAAUUCUCCAAUAUCUAAUGGUCUGGUUCCAAACGGUUUGGUUAAAAAUGAUCUGAUUUCAAAUAGUUCAAGUCAAAAUGAGUCGUGUAACAAAGACACUGUGCUUCACACCACUGUGACCACAAGCCCCAAGCAGAGAGCCCGCAUUACCUGUAAAUGUGGAGCAAGUACAUGUCGGAAGUUUUUAUACUGAAACCCAUCACCUCCGCUGUGUUCUAAUUAUUCAUUUUCUAAAACGAGGAGCUUUGUUGCGAGUGUGGUAUGUUGAACUCUUAUUACCACCUGAUUAAUGCAGCUUUGUAAAUAAAAUCAUAACUCCACUUUUUUUAUUUAAAUUCAAUCAAUGCAGGAUUUGAUUUGUGGUUUAUAUUCGUAAUACAUUUUUGGGUCGGAUUGUAUAAAUAAAAUGUGUAUAGUAUACUGUCCCCCACCCCACAGCCAAUUGCUUUUGUAAACGUUUCAAUUUAUACUGCUUAGGCACACGUAUAUUUUGUAGAGCAAUCCACAAAAUGUAACAAGUGUGUACGAAGUUUAUCUGGAUGUUAAACCAGCAUCAUUAGGUAUUUACUGGUUGGAACUACCAGUGAAACGUUUCACAUUGUAUGGCGUUUCUGCGGCCGUCUGGAAUGCAUUUCUGAUGUUAGGAAGCCACGAGAGCUAUGCACUUUUAAAUCUAGAUUGAAAACGAAUUUGUUUAGAACAGUUUUUUUUGUGUUUAGUUGUCCUUCCCCCGCACCUCCGAUUAGCACGGUUGGCUACAUACAGUGUGCAAGAAAUUAAAAAUACAACCAGCAUCAUCAGGCAGUUGGUUGUGAUUGCCAGCAAAACGCCAUACCCGAUUGUUAAAUGUGGAUUGCUCUCCAACAUACGGGUGUGCUGAAGCAGUAAUCAAUUUUGAUUGAAAACUUUCAUGACUGCAGGAAUUAAGCUUUGGUAAAGUCACGUAGAUAGAAUUUUUUUAAAUAAAAAUAAAGUGAAUUAAAGGAAAAUAAAAAAACUAAACCAUUAAUGUAGACUGUAGCUUGGUUCUUAAUCGGUCUGAGUGUACUGACAGUCUACAAUGUAGACUGUAGCCUGGUUCUUAACCUCGUUGAGCAUACUGGCAGUCUAAGGUAGACUGAAGCCUGGUUUUUAAGCUUGGUGAGCGUUUCGGCAUUCUAUAAUGUAGACUGUCACAAUGCUGCGUGCUUUAAAAGUUAUAGAUUCUAGUGCUGUGGCUAUGGAAAAUAUUUUUUCAUUAAAGAGAAAAAAAUAUUUUUGUUUAGAUUUUUAUCUUUUAUUAUUUUUAUUUUUUUGUUACUGAAAGAACCAAGAAUAAGUCUACAUUAUAGACUGCCAGGACACUCCGAUUAAGAACCAGGCUACAGUCUACAUUCAUGUUUUUUAUUUUUAAAAUUAUUUUUCGAUCUACGUAACUUUACCGAAAGAACCAAAGAAUACAGUAAUAAAUUGGCACAUUUGUUCACAUGACAACUGAAUUGUCUGCGGAGGAUGGUGUAAAACGUACUGGCAAUAUUACCCAAAAAUAUAUUAUGCAUUGCAAUAUUGAUUGUGAAAUUCUAUGUUUUGAAGUGGGUUUUUUUAUUGUUUUGUGUUACCCUGCAUGACUUAAAUUGCCUUUACAGAAGUACAAUGGCUCAUCUAAGAUGCUGGCAAAGGUGUGCUGUGUGCUUUUAAAAGUUAUACAUUCUAGUGCUGUGGCUAUGGAAAAUAUUUUUUCAUCAACAAUUGUCAGUACAUUGCUACUUACGUUAUUCCAUUUGGCCUGAGGAUAUUUUAAAUUUACAUUUAGAAAUUGUAGACAUUAAAACAAUUAUCAAGAGUCUUGACUUUGUUUUUCUUGUAAUGCAUUUUCUAUAUUUUAAAGCCUUGCCAGCUUAUUGCUUAAAUUAUGCUAAACUAAUUAGCCAUAUGUGACAAUGAGAUGUCAUUAGAAUGUCAAGGUUUUAAGUCUCAUUGCUACAUAAUAUGAGGGUCAAUGUUGAAUUGAGGUAAAAUGAAAGUGUUUUGUAAAAUUUUAACCACGUGUGUAUUUCCUUCAUGUUCGAAGACUGAUGUGCUUUGUGAACUAGCAUGAGAGCGUUAAGAAAUUGGAUACUUGUAUUAUGACUUAUUGGAACAGUUCCCUACAUACAGAAUAUACAAGUCCAUUUUGUUUUAACUACAUAAAAUAUACAAAGUUUGAAUGUUACUUCAUGGCAUUAAUAAUUGCUAUAUAUUUCAAAAUCCAAAUCCUCUGCAUCGGUAAAACGUUUGUAUGGAUUUGCAGCACUUGUUAAAGUUUAUUUGCUGUUAAAUAUUCAGUAGAACAUGAAAGGUAUUAUUGGAGUGGUACCGUAAGUAUUGACCGAGAUGAACUGCAUUUGUUAAACUUGACAACUUUAAUAAAUUGAAUGUGACUAUUAA